AUGUUUACCAGGUUCUUUAGACAGCAUUUGGCGGCUGCAAAAGCUGAAAGCUUGGAUCCUCAUUUAUCAUUGCGAAGUGAAGCUGGAACCGGUGUAUGCAAAGAUGGUAGAGCGUUCUGCAGCGCACGUCAGAGAUUGGAAAGAUAUCGUGGGCAGAAAGAUUGGCUGGAACCGUCACCUGCCGAGAACCUCCUUCAGAAACGAGCCACGGACCGGACGUUCCACCCGGAUGACGACGGCGUGCUCAUUCGAGAUGACCCCUUACAUCCGAUCGAGUACACCCGGGCCUCCAUCCGACGGGAGAGCCAGAACACACAUCGUCGAAAAGACGAUCGUCUGAAGCGUGAUCUCAUGGUCCCACGAAGCCCAACUGUGAAAGAGGCGUCUGCUGGAGGGCGUGUGUUCCACGAGCAUUGGUUACGCAAGCUGCAAAAGCCAAGGUGGAGCAACUUCGAGGAUUGGCAAUCCCGAUGA